CAACCAACGAAAGGUCGCAUCUAUCCUUUCAGUCACAUUGCCAAAAAGGCCUACGAGGAGCGCUGCCGACCACGCCGCCACGACCGAUUACAAACGAGAGCAUCUAGCUUGAUUGCUUGCCGAGAUCGUAUCGUAUUCCCCGUCCUCCGAAAUACUAUCACCAUCGAUCAUAACAAACCAGCAACUCUAUCCCGGCAACAGCGUGGCCCACAUCUUGCCAUACGUUCUUAUAGUCAAUGAUAUUCGUUAGCUCAUUGGUAUCAUUGUAAGGGCUCAACGUCGCACUUAUGAAAGGCAACCGCCGCCAGCCCGCGGUGGCCUCGCAGCCGACUUCUCCCGCCUCUCCCACUCCCUCCAAGGGCACCUCCAAAUACGCGAACCGUGACGGCUCCAAGAUCAUCAGCGUCCCGAAGCCUUCUUUAUCCGUCGAAACACCUCAACCCUCACCGACCGUUUCAGCUUCAAUGCCGCCCCCUACUGCAGGAAAAGGCCAGCCACCUUCUACCGCGCCGACCGCGCCUUCUGGCUCAAAUGCAUCAGGAGGCGAGGCGGCUCCCACCGUAAAUCGGAAGAAGGCCAAGCGGCGGGCAAAACUGGCUGCGAAGGCCGCUGCCGAAGCCGGUCUUAGCGGUGACAAUUUGUCAAAUGGUGUCGCAGCUCAUUCUGCCUCGUCUAGCCUGCCCAAGCAACCGUCUGACGCUGGCCACAGCGAUAAUGAAGGGGAGGCGCUGAGCAGGCCAUCUCAAACAAAUGGACACACAAGCACGGGGGCUUCCAAAUCUAAAAAGGGCAGGAAAUCGAAAAACGAGGACGGACGGUUCAUGGACUCCGCUGGCUCGGCAACAGGGUCAAACCAUCACGCAGAAAUGAGGCGACCGCCGUCACCGAUUCCUCACGCCAGCCCAGGCCGGGCUUCCGGAAUUUCUAAGGAAAAGAUCUGGAAUACCAGCUCACAGGAAGAGCGGCAACGUAUCAAGGAGUUCUGGCUGGGUCUGGGGGAGGAGGAGCGCAAGUCACUUGUCAAGGUCGAAAAGGACGCAGUCCUGAAGAAGAUGAAGGAGCAGCAAAAGCAAACGUGCAGCUGCACCGUUUGCGGCCGUAAGCGAACCGCUAUUGAGGAGGAACUAGAAGGUCUAUACGAUGCCUAUUACGAGGAACUAGAGUCUUUCGCCAACCAGCCGAAUCCCAACGGUGAUGUUCCACCGAUGCUAGGGCCUACGGGGCAUUUCGGGUCAACGGCUUAUACAUCCCAGAUCAUGCCGUCAAAAUACCCGCCAAGGCAACCUUCGCGGGGACGCAUAGUCGAGCAUUGUGGCGACGAUGAGGAUGACGACGGCGAAGACGAGUACAGCGAGGAGGAGUUAGAUGAUGAUGAGGAUUACAGUGACGAUGAGGAGCCUGAGGAGAUGCACCGCCAACGGCCAACCGAAUAUCAGACGGACUUCUUCAACUUUGGCAACUCACUCACUGUCCAGGGUGGCAUCCUCACUGUCGCCGACGACCUACUCAAAAACGACGGCAAAAAGUUCAUAGAAAUGAUGGAGCAGCUAGCCGAGCGCCGCAUGCAGCGCGAGGAGGAUGCCAAGGAACAGUUUGCUCGGAAUUAUCACAUUAACGGCAACAACUAUCCCGCACACGCCCAUCCUCCACCUCCCGAAGACGACGAAGAGUACGAAGACGAGGAGGAGGAGGAGGAGUAUGACAGCCAGGACGAGGAGUACGAUGAAGAAGAGGACUCGAUGACCGAGGAGCAGCGGAUGGAAGAGGGCCGCAGGAUGUUCCAGAUAUUCGCCGCCCGCAUGUUCGAGCAGCGAGUACUUACAGCUUAUCGAGAAAAGGUCGCUAAGGAGCGGCAAGAGAAGCUGCUGGAGGAACUCGCGCAGGAAGACCGAGAAACCGAGAAACGAAAGGCGAAAAAACAAAAAGAAGCGCAAAAGCGACGAGACAAAGCACUCCAAAAGAAGCAGGCGCAGGCCGAGGAGAAGGCCCGCAAGGAUGCUGAAAAGGCUGCUGAAGAAGCUGAGCGCCUUGCAGAAGAACAGCGCCGGCAGGAGGAGCAACGACAAAAGAACGAAGAGCGUAAGAAGAAGAAGGAAGCGCAGAGAAAGGCAGAGGAGGAAGAGAGGCAGCGGAAAGAGGCAGAGAGACUACGUCGGGCACAGGAACAAAAGGAGCGGCAGGCAGAACAGGAUCGUAAAGCCCGCGAGGCAAAAGAGAAGGAGAAAAAGGCAAAGGAAGAGGCCAAACAGCGUGAGAAAGCUGCUCGUGAGCUCAAGGAGCGCGAGGCUCGCGAGCGUAAGGAGAAGGCGGAUAAGGAAAGGCUUGAAAAGGAGGCCAAGAUCAAGGCCGAGAAAGAAGCGAGGGAGGCACAGAGGAAAGCCGAAAGGGCGUCGCAAAAGGCGACAACCCUUGCAAACGUGCCUGUGCCCACCGGACCGGCCAGGCGACAGUCGCAAGCGCCCAACCCAGCACCAGCACUUCCUCAAAGCCAACAGGCCUCUGUUGCGUCCCCUCAACUUCCAACAGCAGUACCCGCUCUUCCCAAACUACCGACGCCCCAGAAACCGAGACGGACAUCUCAACAGGAGCCCUUCACUUCUGGAUUUGCGGCUCAACAAGUCCACGGACAGGGCGCGGGUCAAUAUCCUGCGCCCCCGAAAGCCGCAACGCCAGUACAUACUAGUCCUGGACCAGGCGGCCUCCUCAGCAAAGGCAGCAGCAGCCAGGGGCAAUCGUUGCACUCCCAGGCCACCUCACCACUGGGCACAUCGCUUCCUACGUCGACUUCUCUACCUACCCCAUUUGGCAUGCCUCACCCUCCUCCUAAUCAACAUUAUCCUCCAGGCAUAGGGCCACUGAACGCGCCUCCUGGCUUGGGAGGCCCGCGUCUAUUCAAUGAUUAUCCUGAACAAAUGUACCAGCAGAGUCCCUUUGGAUUUAGGCAAGCUACGCAACAGCAUCCCCAGCUGCCGCCAGGGCUUGGGAUUCCCAUGGGCCCAGGACGCGGCCUCGGUCAUGGGCCUCCACCGCCCCCGGGAUUAUCGGCCCAGCAGUCUGAUUUUCCCAAUAUGCCUGCGAGUAUUUUCGGUAGUAUACCCAAAGAACCCUCCCCUUUGAGCUCUCAUUCAAGGCAAGCGUCGGCGAACUUCGACAGCCCGAUCGCAGCAACACCAAUAGCACGACCUACUCCGAUCGGUCGUCCAGGAAGCGUUGUUCAAGGGCGACGUGGCUCAUCCGAUUCUCCUGGUCGUCCUGGUCAGCCUGGUCAGGACAACUUGGAGGAGAUUAGCGCCCCCCAUCUAGGUUCCAGUGCCUUGUUAGAUGAUCUGGACGAGCCCCUGAUGGACGACUUUAUGCAAGACACCCGGUCGGCCAGACGAAGCAUUCCCGGCCCUCCCCAGUCAAGCCGGUUUCCCCCGCCUGCGGUUGGAUCGUUUCCCAUGAGCAACUCUCCAUUCGGUCCAAGUCUCUGGUCACAGCCGGGUCCAUCCCUUGUCAAUCAAGGGUUCGGCGGUUCUUUUGGACAACCUGCUCCUCCGCCAGGCUUCAAUAGCCUUUCAGAUGCCCUAAGCGUCAACAGCCCCUGGACCUUCGCCAGUCGCCCCCCGCCGAGACACAAUCUGCCUCAAAUGCGCAAGGUCCUGAUACAAGCUUGUUUGGACCUCGCUAGCACCAAGACACCGCUGCUUGAUGAGAAGGCAGAAGACCCAAGCCGUCGGUACCUGCCCAUUACAGCUGUCAAGAAAUGCGUGGACACGAAGUUUGCUUCUGGCUCAACAUUUACGGUUGACGAUCUUAUGAGCAUGACCAACACAGAAGGCAACGCAAACAACGGAGGUGGCAGUUUUGACACCCAAGAAUUCGAUGGAGAAUUGUGUGUGCGAUGGGUACCUGACGACAUUGGUGAUUCGAGGACGGUUGGACGCAGUGUUGGGGAGAUCGGUAGCCCAAUCGUCGGCUCCAGAGGUUGAAAAUGAUUUGAACCCCCGUUGUCUGCGCCCUCGAACGGCACGGGGUGGCAAGGCCAGGGGAAGAGAUACGUUCAGACCGAUGGUUUGGAACCCUCCGACCUUUCGGGCCUGGGUUAUUUGAGUUUGGUUCAGUCAACUGUCGGCUUCAACUGGCUGUAUUAGCCUGUAAUGAGAGCACAUAUAACAAACCCCUUUCGGGCCCGUGCUCUCUGCCUCUGUUAUUGAGCUUCUUCUCAUCCCAAAUUCUCCUUGGAGUACCCUAGGAAAGGUCUUGUUGAUUAUCAUUGUGUCUGGCGGUAUAUGGACUCUGGAUGGAGGGGGCGUUAGGCAUCCUCUCGAAUCCCUUAUUGGGCUUAGUGAAAAUGAAAAUGACACAACAAAUACCAACAUCAAUACUGGAGUAAUUGAAAAUGACUUAUUGCAGAAGUAAAUUGCAUUCGGUUCUCGUCUUGG